AUGUCAAAGGUACCGGCAAGGAAUGACGGUCCGGAACCGAGCGGCUCCGGACUCUACUCGCAGCUACAAAGCGUAUCUCGCAGGACCCUGGGAUAUGUCCAAGACAUCGCCCGGUCCCUCGUGCUGGCGACGCUCUCCAGUUGCGAGUCAGGCACUCUGCACAUACAUGAACCGUCCAGGAGCGAGAAGACGACGACUGUGGGCAGUAUAGGACAAAACGACUCUCUCGCUUCCCUCACCAUCCACGAUGACUUCUUCUGGGUCCGCAUCCUGCUGUCCGGCGACAUCGGCUUCGCGCAGAGCUACAUGCUGCACGAGAUCAGCUCGCCGGACCUCACUGCCCUCUUUGCCUUCUUCAUCCGCAACGGCAGCUCCAUGAGCUCGGCGACCACGUACGGCACGGCCUGGGUCGUGGACCGCGCCAUACGCAGCGUCGCCGGCGCGACCAACAACAUCGCCACGGCCAAGCUCAACGCCAACUCGCACUACUCCCUGAGCAACGACAUGUUCGCCGCCUUCCUGAGCCCGGACAUGACGUACUCGGCGCCGCUGUGGCUGCCCGCCUCGGACCCCGGAGCGGCGCGGGACACGCUCGAGGAGGCCCAGAUGCGGAAGCUGCAGUACGCCAUCGACCAGACGCACAUUAAGGCCGCGGACCACGUGCUCGAGGUCGGCACGGGCUGGGGCAGCUUCUCCAUCCUCGCCGCCAGGACCACGGGGUGCAGGGUGACGACCAUCACGCCGAGCAGGGAGCAGAAGAAGCUGGCCGAGGAGCACAUCGCCGAGGCGGGGCUGUCGGACCGGAUCGAGGUGCUGCUCGCCGACUACCGCGAGCUCAGGCCGGAGAGGCCCUUCGACAAGAUCGUCAGCAUCGAGAUGAUCGAGCACGUGGGCCACCGCUACCUGGACACGUAUUUUGCGUGCAUGGACCGGUACCUGAAGCGGGACGGCGGCAUCGCCUACUUCCAGUGCAUCACCAUCCCCGAGGCGCGGUAUGCCGAGUACCUCAAGGGCCAGGACUUUAUCAAGAAGUACAUCUUCCCCGGAGGGCACCUGCCAACCAAUAGCGGGCUGGUCGGGAGCAUCGACCGCGCGUCCCGGGGCAAGCUCGUCGUCGACGAGAUCAAGAGCUUUGGCGGGCACUACUCCAAGGCGCUGCGGUGCUGGAACGAAAAGUUCCAGGCGAAUUUCGAGUCCGAGAUCGCGCCUGGUCUGCGGAAGAGCUUCCCGGAGAUGACCAGGGCGGACUUGGACAUCUUCCGGCGGAAGUGGGAGUACUACUUCUGUUAUUGCGAAGCUGGCUUCAGCAGCAAGAUUCUGGGAGAUGUUGGCAUCACCGUUGCCCGUGAAGGCGCUGUUGAGUUGCUGGAGGGGCUCCCGUGA